CCUUCCUGGGCCCUUUUGGGAAUUUUAGGUGAGCAUUAACACACACAGAGCCCCGAGCAGCUUAAUGCCAGAGGUGAACCAUAUGUCACUGGGGGGAGAGUUUGUAUUUUGCAGGUGUCAUCAAUUUAAGAUGAGGUCACACUGGAGCAGGGUGGGCCCUGAUCCAAUGACUGGUGUCCUUUUGAAAAGGGAAAUUUGGAUGCAGACACUCAGGGAAGAUGGCCACGUGACAACAAAGGCAGAGACUGGAGUGAUGCAUCUAUAAGCCAAGGGACACCAAAGAUUGCCAAUAACCACCAGAAGCUGGAAAAAGCAGGGAAGGAUCCACGCCUAGAAUCUCUGGAGGAAGCACAGCCCUGCUGACACCUUGAUUUUGAAUGUCUGGCCUCCAGAACAGAGAGAAUAACUUUCUGUUGUUUUAAGCCACCAUGUUUGUGGUAUUUCAUUAUGGCAGCUACAAGACCUAAAGGAAUAUCCAUGGAUCCGUAAGAAAAACUCACACAUGGGAGCAGAGUGAACAAGGAGGUUUGCUGCAGAGUCGUUUGGAACAGCAAAAACUGGGACUAACCUAGAUAUCCAUCAAUAGGGGAUCAGAGGCAGGAGAGGGUCCUGGCAGUUCAUCCAGCUAGAAUUCAAAAUACGGCUCUGUUUUUGCUGGACCUGUUUUCAUCAUCACCUGCGGAGAUCCUGUAACACUGGUCUCCUCUCAUUCGUUGAUUCUGUCCAUCAGUCAGUCAACAAACAUCUACUGUGCCAGGCAUUUUCCACGUGCUGAGGACACACAGUGCGUGAGACAAAGGGGUCAGCUUUCUUGGAGCUCACGGAUAAUAAAAGAGGUGGCCUGUGAGUACGGCAUGGUGCACGUGGUGUCCGAGACCGGGGGCCCCAAAGGCAAAGACUACUGCAUCCUCUACAACCCGCAGUGGGCCCACCUGCCGCUCGACCUCAGCAAAGCGUCUCUCGUGCAGCUACGGGACUGGACGACCUCCGUGCUCUGCUCUCCGGCCGACCUCCCUGCCAGAGGCUUCAGUAACCAGAUCCCCCUGGUGGCGCGGGGCAACUGCACCUUCUACGAGAAAGUGCGGCUGGCGCAGGGCAGCGGGGCGCGAGGGCUGCUCAUCAUCAGCAAGGAGACACUGGUCCCCCCAGGAGGCAACAAGACGCAGUACGACGAGAUCGGCAUUCCCGUGGCCCUACUCAGCUACAAAGACAUGCUGGACAUUUUCGAGACUUUCGGCCGGGCAGUACGGGCGGCACUGUACGCCCCCAAGGAGCCCAUGCUGGACUACAACAUGGUCAUCAUCUUCAUCAUGGCUGUGGGCACCGUCGCCCUUGGGGGCUACUGGGCCGGGAGCCGGGAUGUGAGGAAGAGGUACAUGAAGCACAAGCGGGACGACGGGCCCGAGAAGCACGAGGACGAGGCCGUGGACGUGACGCCCGUUAUGAUCUGCGUGUUUGUGGUCAUGUGCUGCUCCAUGCUGGUGCUGCUUUACCACUUCUACGACCAGCUCGUCUACGUCAUCAUCGGCAUCUUCUGCCUGGCCUCCUCCACGGGCCUCUACAGCUGCCUGUCGCCGCUCCUCCAGAGGCUGCCGUUCUGCAGGUGCAGGGUCCCCGACAACAGUCUGCCCUACUUCCACAAGCGCCCCCAGGUCCGCACGCUGCUCCUGGCGCUGCUGUGCCUGGCCGUCAGCGUGGUGUGGGGCGUCUUCCGGAACGAGGACCAGUGGGCUUGGAUCCUUCAGGACGCGCUGGGCAUCGCCUUCUGCCUCUACACCUUGAAAACCAUCCGCCUCCCCACGUUCAAGGCCUGCACGCUGCUGCUGCUGGUGCUGUUCAUCUACGACGUCUUCUUCGUGUUCAUCACGCCCUUCCUGACCAAGAGUGGGAACAGCAUCAUGGUGGAGGUGGCAACCGGGCCGUCGGACUCGGCCACCCACGAGAAGCUCCCCAUGGUGCUGAAGGUGCCCAGACUCAACGCCUCGCCGCUGGCCCUGUGUGACCGGCCCUUCUCCCUCCUGGGCUUCGGGGACAUCCUGGUCCCAGGGCUGCUCGUGGCCUACUGCCACCGCUUCGACAUCCAGGUGCAGUCCUCCAGGGUCUACUUCGUGGCCUGCACCAUCGCCUACGGCAUCGGUCUCCUGGUGACGUUCAUGGCGCUGGCCCUCAUGCAGCGCGGCCAGCCCGCCCUCCUCUACCUGGUGCCCUGCACGCUUGUGACCAGCUGUGCCCUGGCGCUCUGGCGCAGGGAGCUGGGCAUGUUCUGGACGGGCAGCGGCUUUGCGAAGGACCUACCUCAGUCGCCGUGGGCGCCUGCCUCCGCCGACGGCCCGCAGCCCCAGGCUGACUCCGACGCCGCCCCCUCCCGGCUGCCUCCCGGCCAAGAAGCGGCCCUGUCCCCUCCGCCCGCGGAGCAGCCCCCGGAGCCGUCCGCGCCCGAGGAGAGCGGGGCCGGCGCGCCCCCCCGGGAGACCGAGAGUCCGACCGGCCUCGCCCCCGGCCCUUCGGCCUAGGGGAGGGCGCAGACUCGGCCCCCGCGCCCCGGGACUGGACCCGCGCGGCCCCCAACUUGGUGCUCUGGUCUGGCCGAUGCGCACGUCCUGCUCCAGCCCGGCCACACCCCGGACCCCAGCCCUGCUCCGAGCUCGCGUGGCCGCGAAGCCCCCGGCCGGCUGAGGCCACCCCCGCGCGCGCCCCGCUUCCUGCGGCGGUGGUGCGGCGGCGGGGGUGGGGGGGGAGGGCGGAGCCGUCACCUCCGCCGGUGGCCGCGGACACGCCCAGUUUGGUGCUUACCCUGCUGCUGCUUCCCUUCGGGUCCGGGCCGGGAGAGGGAGAGGCUCUGGCUCCUGGUGGAGGGGCGCCUUUGCCCAGCAGGGCCCCCAGGGGUUUGGACUGGACCCCGCCGCGGCCUUGGGGGCCCACGGUGAGCGCCGAGCCCUGCUCCCGGCCCUUCCUUCGCCCGGAAGCGCCCAGCGCCUCUGCUCCAGCUCCGACAUGUUUGAAUAAACGGCCACGACUUUCUGAAA